AUGGAUUCAGAAAAAUUAUCAAAUCGACUGAACGAACUAAUUGACAAAUUAAAUGAACUGAAUAGCUUGAUAAUUAAUAGAGAAGAUAACGGAUCAAUUAGAAUUAAUGAUUUAUUGAAUGAAUUAAUUGAGACAUUGAAAAUAAUAGAAAGUUGUACUAAAUGUAAAAAAAAAGAAUUAGAGGACGAAGAAAUUCAUGGUUUAAUUGAUGAAUUCAUUGACGAAUUAAAAAAAAAGCCUUUAAACGAUUUAGCAAGAAUUAAUAAUACAUUGACUGAAAGAAUAUAUACAUUAAAUAAUAAAUUAUAUAUGUGGACAAUAUGUGAUGAAUGCGGAGUAAUCGAAAAAGCAGAAUUGGAACGUCAAAAAAUUGUCAAGUCGGAAAAAUAUCUUUCGAAUGAAGAGAAUGACAAAUACCAUAGAGACGCGUGUUAUAUUAGUCGUCCACUUGGUAGAUUAAUUGAAGAAGCUGAUUCACUAAAUAAACCAUCAGAGUUACCAGAACCUCCAGAACCUCCAGAAGAGAAUGUUGAGAGUGAUAAAAUUAAGGAUGAUGAUGGUGGCAAUCAUGAGAGCGAUUAUAAUGUUGAGAGUGAUAAAAUUAAGGAUGAUGAUGGUGACAAUUGUGAUAAUAACGAUUAUAAUGUUGAGAGUGAUAAGAUUAAGGAUGAUGAUGGUCAUCAAGAAUUUUUGUCAAAGAAUCAUCUUGACAAUUGUGAUAAGAACGAUUAUAAUGUUGAGAGUGAUAAGAUUAAGGAUGAUGAUGGUAACAAUUGUUAUAAGAGCGAUUAUAAUGUUGAUAGUGAUAAGGUUAAGGAUGAUGAUAGUGGCAAUUAUAAGAGCGAUUAUAAUGUCGAGAUUGAUGGCAGAGGCAACAAUAAUAGAAAUGUCAAUAAUGAUGGUUAUGAUUCCACUAUUAUUAAUUCAACUACUAACAAAGCUGACGAUAAAAGAAAUAGUGAUGAUUUUGGUGAUAAUGUUAAUGACGAUGGUGUCAGCAUUAAAAGGCAAAAUAAGAAAUUCUCGAAAUUGCGUAAAAUUUUCAAUAUCAGAAAAAAACAGUAA